AUGGCACCCUCCCGCGUCUCACCGCCCCCCAUCAACUCCAAAUCAGGCCUCUCGCAAGACCAACUCUCCACCUUCCACCAAAAUGGCUACCUCAUCCUCCCUGACGCCCUCUCCCGAACCGAAGUCGCAUCCCUCCUCUCCCAAUCCCAAGCCAUGCUCAACGACUUCUCCCUCGCCGACCACCCCAUGACCCGCUUCUCCACCGGCGAGAACAGCGACCACGUCGGCGACGACUACUUCCUCACCUCCGGCGACAAGGUGCGCUUCUUCUUCGAGGAAGACGCUUUUGAUGCGAACGGCGAGUUGACGAAGGAGAAACAUCUGGCUAUUAAUAAGAUUGGACAUUACUUGCACGAGUUGUCUCCGCCGUUCAAGUCGGCGUCGAUUAAUGAGAAGAACGCCCGGAUAGCCAAGGCGUUGGGGUUUAGGGAUCCGAGGGUGUUGCAGAGUAUGGUUAUCUGCAAGCAGCCCGAGAUUGGAGGGAGAGUGCCGCCGCAUCAGGACAGUGUGUUCCUGUAUACGAAUCCUCCGAGCGCGGUGGGGUUUUGGUAUGCACUCGAAGACUGCACCGUCUCCAACGGCUGCCUCUCCUUCGCCCCCGGCUCGCAUAGACGGGCGCCCAUCAAAGACCGCUUCGUUCGCUCAGCGGAUGGGAAGGGGACGACUUUCACUGCGAACACUGGGGCAGAGUUCCCUGAGGGGUUACAGAGUGAAGAUGCGAAGGAAGAGGAGAAAUAUGAGUUGGGAGAGGUAAAGGCAGGGACGCUGGUGCUGGUUCACGGCAACGUGCUGCAUAAGAGCGAGAAGAAUUUGAGUCAGAAGGGGAGGAUGAUUUAUACGUUCCAUUGUAUUGAGGGGGAGGUGGAGUUUGAUGGGGGGAAUUGGUUGCAGCCGCCUGAGAGGGGGUUUACGAGGUUGAACGAUGUUUUGUGA